AUGAUAAGAUAAUUUUAUGAGGAAAACAAAUAGGGCCAUGUAUUCUCAUUCUUUAAUAAACUUGAAUUCGGAGAUUAGUAAACUCUCACGAGAGAUGCAUAUUUAGUCGAUUUACCAUUAAUUAAUUCCCUCUAUGAUGAAUUCGUGGUAGGGAAAGGACAAACUGUUACUCUAAAGUAUGAUAAGAAAUCUAUUAUGCCAGUCAACGAUACUGCAAUUUAGUCAAAGGAAAUGAUUACUGAGGAGGAGAGAGAAAAUUCUAUUGAAAUGGGAUAUGAAUUAAUAAGAGAUGGCUAGGUAGCUGUGAUCGUUCUGGCAGGUGGGACGGGUGCCAGACUUGGCUUUGAUAGAUCUAAAGGUGAAUACAGCUUAAAUUUGCCAUCUAUGAAAUCAAUAUUUCAAAUUCUUUUGGAAAAAUUCCUGAAAGCAUAGAUGUUAGCACACAAUUCAAAGAAUCUCACUGAUGAAUGCUAGAAUUGCAAAUUUAUGGUGAUGACUAAUCCCUUGAAUCAUAUUGAAAUUCAAAAGUUCUUUGAAUUCAAUAAUUACUUUGGAGCAAGUAAAGAGAGUAUUGUAUUCUUUGAGUAGCAAGUUUUGCCUAUUGUAAACUUUGAUGGAAAGAUAAUAAUGGAAGAACCAAAUAAAAUAGUUCUUGCUCCUAAUGGAAGUGGUGCCAUAUUCGAUGCAAUAAACAAUAAUAUCAGGGUUAAGGAAAUCAUAGAUUCUAUUUCGUAUGUUUAAAUUAUACAUGUAGAUAACCCUAUAAGUAAGGUCCUUGAUCCACUUAUGAUUGGUUUUUCUUAACUUAGAGGCAAUUAUGUCACUGUUAAGGCUUGCACUUAAAGAAAAGGUUAUUUUCCAUAAGGUGGUCUUUUUGUCAUAAAAGACUAGAGGUUUGCAAUUAUGGAUAACUAAGACCUCCUUGAUUUGAAUACUAUUAGAUAAGAAGCUCUAGAAAAUAUGAACAUAUUCAUGCUAAAAGCUGAUAAACUAUCUGAAUUAUGCUCAAAUGCUGAAAACUUGUCUUAUCUAUAUUACCAAGAUUUCCACAGACAUAAUUAUUGGGACUUUAAAACAAUGAAACUAGUGAAGCCAUUGCAGAAUAAUGCUUAUAAAUUUGAGCUUAGAUUGACAGAUAUGCUGCCAUUUGUAGAACCAGAUAAAUUUGGAAUCCUCUUAGUUAAUAGAGAAGAUGAAUAUGCUCCUGUAAUUUAUGCUGAUAAUUUGAGAACAAAAACUUAUCAAACUAGCAACACAUCAUUUAAUAAUAGCACUGUAAGUGAAAUGGAUAGUAACAAGCUGACUAUUGGCAUGAACAGCUAUAACUAUUCAGAGACACCAUAAGGUGCUAAAGAUCUAAUAUUUUAAUAGAGUGUGCGAUGGCUAAAGAAUGCAGGCGCUCAAAUAACUAGUGACUAUGCUCAUGUAGAGGUUGAUACACUCUUAAGUUAUGAUGGAGAAGGAUUGAUAGAGAUGGCUGAAGGAAAGAAAAUGCCUCCUCCCAAUUUCAUAAAGAAACCCUAUUUUAGGUUUUGA